AUCUCUCCUACUCUCAUUUCAUUUUCCCACCAAUUUUCCCGAGAAAAUCGAAACCCUCAAAACCCUAGCUCCGUGAGAAGAAACCGCCACCGCCAGAUCAAGAUGUUGGAACUCCGUUUGGUUCAAGGUUCUCUGCUGAAGAAGGUUCUGGAGUCAAUCAAGGAGCUGGUCAACGAUGCCAACUUCGAUUGCUCCACCACCGGAUUCUCCCUCCAGGCCAUGGACUCCAGCCACGUCGCACUGGUGGCGCUGCUGCUCCGUUCGGAGGGGUUUGAACACUACCGCUGUGACCGCAACAUUUCCAUGGGUAUGAAUCUCAGCAACAUGUCUAAGAUGCUCAAAUGCGCUGGAAAUGAUGAUAUCAUCACCAUCAAGGCCGAUGAUGGCAGUGACACUGUCACCUUCAUGUUUGAAAGCCCUACACAAGACAAGAUUUCUGAUUUUGAAAUGAAGCUGAUGGACAUUGAUAGUGAGCACCUUGGGAUUCCAGAGGCAGAAUACCAUGCCAUUGUUAGGAUGCCAUCUGCUGAGUUUGCUAGGAUCUGCAAAGAUCUCAGUAGCAUUGGUGACACUGUGGUCAUUUCUGUUACCAAGGAAGGUGUGAAGUUUUCCACCAAAGGAGACAUUGGGACUGCAAAUAUAGUCUGUAGGCAGAAUACUUCUGUGGACAAGCCUGAAGAAGCCACAGUCAUAGAGAUGAAUGAGCCUGUCUCAUUGACCUUUGCUUUGCGAUACAUGAACUCAUUCACAAAAGCAACACCAUUAUCUAGUACUGUCACCAUUAGCCUGUCAAGUGAGCUUCCAGUUGUUGUUGAGUACAAGAUUGCAGAGAUGGGAUAUGUUCGGUUCUACUUGGCUCCCAAGAUAGAGGAGGAGGAAGAAGAGACUAAACCUCAAGUUUAGUUUUGGUGUUGCAUUGUUUGUUUCUGAAUUUGGUUGUAGUUGUAGGAUGCUUUUAUACAUUUCCUAUCCAGUACAUGUAACUGUUUUUCCCUAAAUCAAUGGUCAAUUUCUGAAUUUUGGGGAGAGCCAUAUUGGAUCCUGCACUAUUUUGCCUUAUUGUUGCUUAGAACCAUCUUACACAAGGGCCUUGUAUUUUUCA